GCAUAUCUGCAUGGAUAUGUAUUAUGUUUUUAUACAAUUACAUGUUAUUUUAUGUAAGUAUAGAUAUACACUAUUAUAAGAAUAUUUAAAGAAAUGUACUAGGUUGUUAAUGUAGGGGAAGAGAAGAGGGAAUACAAGGAAUAAAAAAAUUUUUAAGUGAAAAAUUCAAUAUGUAUGUCAUGACUCCAUUUAUACAUUUAUGUAAAAUAAUGUAUAGAGAUGUAAAAAAUAAAAAAUGCAGAUCCAGAGCCCCUAUCUCAGAUCCUUUCAAGCAGAAUCUUAGGAGGUAUGGUGAGGUAGAUGUCUGCAUCUUCAACAGGUAUUCCAAAUUAUUCUAUAACAGUAAAGUCUGCAAACCUUUGCGUUAGGUGCAAAUAUCAUUAGCUGUAAACACAACAUAGUUGGAAAUUUCCAUUCUGCAAUGCAGGCUCAGUUGAUCCUCAUUGUCUUGGAACAUAGUAGAUGCAUAAAAAAUAGUGCUGAUUAUUUUGAGUCAUUUGGAGGACAGGUGGAGGGAGUGAGGGCAAAAGUGGUGAGAGGAGCAGAUGAGCUGGGCAAGGACAUCCUUGCUUGGGAGAAAAGUGGCAAAGCGUGUAAGAACAUACUGAGCCUCCUUGCCACUUUUGACAUUCAACCAAUAUUUCUUAGGCACUACGUAUAUAUGCAGGACACUUUUCUGUAUCUUGUUUAUGUUAAUUCUUAAAUAAUCCUUUACAGACUCAGAGAGGUGAAAAGAAUAGCACAGGUAGUAUCAGAAUUGGGAUUAAAACCUGACACAUACACUGAGCAGCAAGUUAAAACCGGGCACUGGGCAGCUGAGGAUGCGAUGAUGAGUACAAUAGACUGCUUGCACUUUUUGAUAUCUAGAAUCUUACAACUCUGCUGUGAUCCUCCUUGUCUGCUGUCAUUUACUAGUUGACAUCUUCGUUGACUACCUAGAAGCAGCUGCUUCGACAUCUAUUCCAACCUAGAUCCCGUCAAAGGGAGAUUACAACAAAUGUGCUUUUUGUCUGUCAUCUCUAGCUAGUGUUUCACAGUGGGGGAAGUAUCAUUUCCUAGGUGACUUUGCAUAGAGCAAGCUCCCCAAAGGCCAAGGAAUACUCAAUCUAGAUUCUUCCAACCCUCCGGUACCCACCAAGUCAAAAGAAUUCUGGCUUCCUGUAGCUUCAUCUAAGUGCUUUUCUGUUAGGGCAGAAGGAAAAGUGAGGAAAGCGAUGCUCUUUCAAUAAGUUUGGUGGUGGGGCGGGGUGGGGGGAAGGAAUGGUACUGAUUUUUUUUUUUGAGACGGAGUCUCGCUCUGUCUUCCAGGCUGGAAUGCAGUGGCCCGAUCUCGGCUCACUACAACCUCCGCCUCCCGGGUUCAAGCGAUUCUCCUGCCUCAGCCUCCUGAGUAGCUGGGACUACGGGCGUCCGCCACCACCCCCGGAUAAUUUUUGUAUUUUUAGUAGAGACGGGGUUUCAUCAUAUUGGCCAGGCUGGUCUCGAACUCCUGACCUUGUGAUCCGCCCGCCUCGGCCUCCCAAAGUGCUGGGAUUACAGGCGUCAGCCACCGCGCCCGGCCAGUACAAAUUAAUUUCUUAACACAUCUUUUGAUCAUCUCGUCCUUGGUGUUGGAAAAGACUAGGGAAAAUCCAAAAGUGUCUAUUUGGUGCCCAAAUGCUAGAGUUAAUACUCGAGGGCCUUGAUCUCUGGCCUCUUACCAUCCCUCUCCCAUUAUUUCUGAAGAAGUAGCCAUUUUGCAGAUUCCGGAGGAUGGCAGCCAGGGCCGGCCCUUCGGACUGAAUCUCAUCUCAUUCUCCAGGCUCCUUGGAUCAAGCUGGGACCGGCAGCGCCAAGGCUGCUCUCCGUGAUUUAGCAGCAACUUAGAGUCAGAGAGACCGGAAGAUGGGAGGCCGGGAUUCUCAGGUGGGGUCACGAGUGCUCAAAAACCCGUAGCAGCGGCCGCGUCCCCGCCCCGGGGAGGUGAUCUGCGGCUGGCGGUGCAGUGGCCUCUCCAGUGUCCGCGUCCGAUGGUCUAACGGCACUGCUCCCGGGGUGCGCGACCCGCGACUCGGGCUGCCUCCCCCAACCUGGCAAGUGUGCGUCCUUCCCACAAAAUGCCACCACUUCCCUAAGUCACGCUGGGCCCCGGGGAGCUGAUUUGAAAUUGGUCUUCAGAAGACCGAGCAGGGCCGGACGCAGCCGGCCUCCGGCUGAGAGCGGAGGGGAAGCGUCCCAUACUCUCCGAGAAUCCCGCGGGCUAGUGGCGUGUGGGACGCUUUUCAUCCGCUCUCAGUUCCCGGUUCCUACGUCCCAACUCCCUACUCGGUCGCAGCCAAAGCCCGGAGCGUGCGAUCCGGACCUGGAGGAACCGGACGGCGAACGCGAGCGGCGCCGCGGCCGGGAGCCUGCCGCACCGGGCAUGCUCAGUGGCGCGGCCGGCUGGGUGGCCCGCGAGCUGCACCCGGAUCUGCUCGGCGGCGGCGACGUGAGCGCGCAGGGGGGCGGCGGCCUCGCCUCGUCUCUCUCUCAGCGCCUGGGUCGGGUGGGUGACGCCGAGAGCCAGAGAGAUGUCGGAUUUCGAUAGUAACCCGUUUGCCGACCCGGAUCUCAACAAUCCCUUCAAGGAUCCAUCAGUUACACAAGUGACAAGAAAUGUUCCACCAGGACUUGACGAAUAUAAUCCAUUCUCGGAUUCUAGAACACCUCCACCAGGCAGUGUGAAGAUGCCUAAUGUACCCAAUACACAACCAGCAAUAAUGAAACCAACAGAGGAACAUCCAGCUUAUACACAGAUUGCAAAGGAACAUGCAUUGGCCCAAGCUGAGCUUCUUAAGCGCCAGGAAGAACUAGAAAGAAAAGCCGCAGAAUUAGAUCGUCGGGAACGAGAAAUGCAAAACCUCAGUCAACAUGGUAGAAAAAAUAAUUGGCCACCUCUUCCUAGCAAUUUUCCUGUUGGACCUUGUUUCUAUCAGGAUUUUUCUGUAGACAUUCCUGUAGAAUUCCAAAAGACAGUAAAGCUUAUGUACUACUUGUGGAUGUUCCAUGCAGUAACACUGUUUCUAAAUAUCUUCGGAUGCUUGGCUUGGUUUUGUGUUGAUUCUGCAAGAGCGGUUGAUUUUGGAUUGAGUAUCCUGUGGUUCUUGCUUUUUACUCCUUGUUCAUUCGUCUGUUGGUACAGACCACUUUAUGGAGCUUUCAGGAGUGACAGUUCAUUUAGAUUCUUUGUAUUCUUCUUCGUCUAUAUUUGUCAGUUUGCUGUACAUGUACUCCAAGCUGCAGGAUUUCAUAAUUGGGGCAAUUGUGGUUGGAUUUCAUCCCUUACUGGUCUCAACCAAAAUAUUCCUGUUGGAAUCAUGAUGAUAAUCAUAGCAGCACUUUUCACAGCGUCAGCAGUCAUCUCACUAGUUAUGUUCAAAAAAGUACAUGGACUAUAUCGCACAACAGGUGCGAGUUUUGAGAAGGCCCAACAAGAGUUUGCAACAGGUGUGAUGUCCAACAAAACUGUCCAGACCGCAGCUGCAAAUGCAGCUUCAACUGCAGCAUCUAGUGCAGCUCAGAAUGCUUUCAAGGGUAACCAAAUUUAAGAAUCUUCAAACAAUACACUGUUACCUUUUGACUGUACUUUUUUCUCCAGUUACUGUAUUCUACAAAUAUUUUUAUGUUCGAAACACAGAGUACAGACAGCAUGGAUAUUUCCUGUUCACUUGUGCAUGGGCUAAAACCAGGAAAACUUCCUUGUCUUAUUACUUUACCUAAUAGUUUCUUAAUAUUUCAGUGCCCCUUGCAGAAAAAAUAUUACAUGCUAAAUAAAUAUUCUCCAUAUUUUUUGGGGGAUGAUGUUCAGUGAAUUAUUUCAGUGGUGACCCACUGAAAAUUAAUAAUGGUACUUAUGAUUAAAAACACAUUUAAUACUAACUGCAGUAGUUCUUUCAAGAAUCUUUAGAGAUAAGGAUUGCGCAUUGGAAAAGUAAACUAUGUUUCAUUCCUUUUUCCCUAUUUAUAUUGAAAGAAAUAGGCCAGCAGAGACUUAGGGAUUUUAAAUUGGCUUGCUUUUUAGCUGUUUCAGUCACCAGUGAAGAGCCUAUUUGCAUUUUGUAGUAGAUAAUGUAGUAUUUAUCAUCUUUUUCUUUUCUUUUUUUUUUUAGAGUAGCUGGUAUUUUGAUAACAAUCUCUGAUUUGCAUGGGCACUACAUUUCUUAUAUUAAGAGAAUUAGUAUUUUGGCUUCUGUACUGCUUGUGGUUGUAGGAUUCAGGGGUUAAUGGAAUCACAGAAAUGGUUUUCUGCAAGAGUUUCUUUUAAAUAAAAAGUUUGGGGGUGCAAUAUAAGAAUUUAAUAUAAUAUGCAGUACAUUAUCCAAAAGAGAAGGUAGUUAAUGCAGUAGAAAGUAGUGGUAAUAAUUCCUUUAAAAAAAAAAUUUCGGUAGUCAUAUAGUAACAUUUUGCUAUAUGAAAACUUUGGUAUAUUCUGUGGUUACAACUAAGAUUGUGUCUGGCAGCUCUUUUUGGGGGAUGUGUGUGUGUGAUUUUUAACAGAGGUAUUAAAGGCUAGUCUAACUGUUGUCUAAAAAGAAUGUACAGUAUUUAAGGGAUUUUCCUUUUAGCUUUUAAUCUCCAGUGGCAUUAAACCUAAAAAGACCCUGGCAUUUUUUCAUAUACUUGAAUCCCUAAAUGCACCUGUCUUUCACUUUUUGAGACAGACUGAAUAUACCUAAAAUUUCCAGCAAUAGAAAAAAAAAAAGCAUUUAACUUGCACCAAGCAAGAAAAUAUAAAUACAGUUAAAUGCAUUAAGAUAAUCACAUUAAAAUUGUUACUAUGCAGCACAGAACUUCGUUCUUAUAGUAUUCUUGGGUUCAAACUUGGAAUCAAUUUUAACACUGAUUAAGUGACUCAAAGACAUUUGUAAGUCAUGCUACUGUGUUUUGAAAGUCUAGCUAAUUUAAGAUUGCAGAAUGAUAGAUGGUGAUUUUUCAAUUAGAUUUUAAGUAAGGAUUGUGAUAUUAGAGGCUGGAAAUCCUUAUUUUUUAAAAAAUCAGAUAGGCAUAAAUAGUUAAAUUGCUUUCAUUCUCCCCAAACCUGGAGUUACAGAAAAAGUUUCAUGCUAGAGGUGGGAUGCCAAGUUCUCACUAUCCAUGAAGCAGCGCUGUGUGUUACUAGGUAACGCAGAUCCAUCCAGAUGGUGUUUACAUUUGAUUUAUUUGGGAUCUUAUUGACAUCAGGUAUACUUGGAAGACAUUUCUUUUACUCUUCAGCAUAUGAAUUUAAAGCUGUUUUUGUAAAUAUUUCGAAUCAGCGAUAAUUUCUACCUACAUUCUCAACCAACUUAGCCAGUUUGUUUUUUAGAGCUUGUAGUGUUAUUGGAAAUCUUUUUUAUCAGUAUGCUUUAUUGAGUGUAGAUUUUGCACACAUUCAAAACAUUAACCACAGAAUACAGCAAGAGCCCCUAUAUUCACUAUUAACUUACAUCCCAAGUCCAUUUUUUUCUACACACUACAAACAAAAGAUAUAUUAGAAACUUUUGAAAAAUGCUGAAAUACUUUGCUUCAGAAUUGGAAUGUUUAUAUUACAUAGAAAUCCUCAAAGGUAGCAUUAUUAAAUAGCAAAGAAUAAUUAGAACCCACAUCUUUUUUUGUGUGGAUGGAGAAAAUGUUUUAAAAUUCAGUUAUUUAAUACCAGUUUGAGAGAGAAAAUUGUUUUUUAAAAAUAUACAUAUGCAUUGAAAUGAUGGCAAUGCUUAUAGUAUGAUCAAGUAUGAAAGGAGCUUUAAAUUCUUAUAUUUACUUUUCUCUAUCAGUAAAUUGUUAAAUUUUCACUCAGCAAAAGAUUGGCAUUUGUUAGUGUUUUAUAUUUAAUACUAAAAUCACAGUCAUGAAAUCAUAGUCAUAAAUGGUCUUCACAUAGUAGUCAUCCGUGUUAUUUUUCAGUUUGUAAUAUUAAAUUAUGGCAAUUUUAUUUCAAACUAAAGUUUGAACACUGGAAAAUCAUUACUCAGUGAUUUGUAAUUUGGGACUUGGAUUAUUUAUCUAGAGAUGUUUGUAUAUUUUGUCAGUAACUAAUAUUGCGCUGCCAUCAUGGUGACUGUCAUGGUUCUACAGAAAUGCCCUCCAUGUGUCCCUCUAAUGUUGCAUGUUUCAGUGGGUUAGAAGUUUUGUAUAUUUAUUGUAUUAACACAGAGUGUCAUAAAAUAAAAUGCUGUUUACUGGAUGUUUGUUUGUAUAAUUUUGAACAUUAUAAUAGCAAUUCAGAGACAGACAUUGUUAAAGGUUUGAUGUAUAUAGAAAUUCCAUGUUUGAUUUUUUAAAAAUAUGUGUAUAAGUCUGUCAUGUGCUAAACAAAGUAAUAUGAAAGACCUAGUUAAAAACUCUGAGCAACAUAAAAUGACCAUUUUUCUGUUGCAUUAGACCUUUACAGGUAGUGGAACAGGAGUUUCAUCCAUAUUAAAUAGUUUGGCCCCUUUAAGGUCAAAAUACAGAUCAUCUAGAAGUUAGAUUCAAAAUGGAAAACCUAUUCGUGGCUCAGAUAUUUCAUUGUGGAUUAAAAAUGGGUGUCUCUGUACUAGUAUUGUAUUUAUUCAAUUGUAUUCUGAUUUCUAACUUUGCUACCUAUUGCUGUUUUAUGUACUGAUGAAAGUACUUAUUUGUGUAUAUUGGAUUUUUCACUUGGUUAGCUAAAGAAGAUGUAAAAAUAUCUAAAAUAAUGUUCAUGGUGAAUCUUCUUUUGAGAAAUACAUGUUAAAAAAGGAACGGUAUUAUUUUCUGGUUGUUGUAUUUUAAAAAGCGAGUUUGGAUUUUUACACCUAAUUUACUUGGAAAAUAUUCUGUAAUUCAUGUUAAGAUAAUGUAUGGUUUGCAUUUUAAGGGGAUUUAUGUUAGGUUAAUUAGUCGUUUCUGUAAAUCAUUUGUAAUAGUGCUUUUUACUCAUUACUGUAUCUUUUUCUGAAAACACUGUUGUUAACAUCUGAUUCGGUACCCUUAUUGGUACAAAUCUGUGUUUAGCAUGACUGUUUAUAUACAGAAUUUUGUUAUAUUUUGAGCAUUUUUUUCCCCUGCUUAUGUAUACCUUAGAAUUACCAUGGCUGUCAUAUACCAUUUCACUAUAUCUCCUUUCAGUUUUUCCUUAAGGAAAAUGUCCAGAGGAAUUUGUUCAUUUCAUGUGAUUAAGCCCUUUAGAGGUGAAAAAAGAUUGGUUAAUUUUAAAAAAUUGAGGAUGGUUAAAAAAUAGAAAACACCUUACUUUGAUACAUUUUAAAGUACAAUAGUAUACAUUUAUUUAGAGUAGAAUAAUGUGUUUAAAACAUGAGUUGUUUUAAAUACUUUUUUAUUAAGCUAAAAAGUUUUAUCUCACAUAUUAAGUAUUAUAGAAAGUGAAGUAUUUUGGCUAGAAUUUUAGGGCACAUUUUAUAAAGCAGCAUGCCUGUAAUAUUGGUGGGUAUUUUUCAACUUUAGGACUUUGUCACAGUAUGUAGAGAGCUAGAAAUAAAUCUAGAAACUUUCUAAGCCAGGUAUUGCCACUAAUCUAUCUUAUAUAAGCAGAUCUCUCUUACUUGAAGGUUGUAGGAAAAUAGGGAAAAGACUGCUCUCCAGUUUUCUCACCCCAACCCCCCCCCCCGCCGUGGGUUUUAUAUUUGCAAUUUAACUUUGGGGUUUGGGUAAGACAUUUAAUGUAUAUAAUUUUGAUUAGUACUGGCCAGGGAACAUGGGAACUGUCAUGUGGCAAUGUAGUGAGUGUUAAACUUUGUGUUUGUCCAAAUCCUGAUUUAUUUUCCAGUUCAUAUCUUUCUGGGCUUGACAUGGCUGAUGGUGUAGCUGAAACGCUCCUAACACUAAAAGCCAUUUAAUCUUUUCUCUAAUAGGAGCAGAAAAUAGUUAAUCACCACCUAGUAAUAUAAAAUUACUCUGAAUAUUAUCUUCUAUACAUUAAAACAGUUCUAUACCAUACAAGUUUUAUUUUUAAUUUCUAGUUAUUUUCAGUGCUUACUUAAAUGUAAUUCUAGAAUUCCUCCACAACUUUUAAUAUUUUGUAUGCCAGUGAUUCUCAAGAUAAAUCAUGGUUGUAGUAGUUGUUACUGUUGGCAGUUUGUCGUAAUAUUCAGGUAUUUGGGGAUGGGGGAAAACACCAAAAAUCAGUGUCUUUUAUCUGGUGAUCACUUUGGUGUCUACAGUAUUCUAGUCUCCUGCACAAAAACUGAACCCACUGGGCCUAUGCAUCCCUCACAUUUUUUUUCUAGUAUAAAAGCAAUACAUAUGUGUUGUAGAACAAUUAAAAAUUCAGAAAGUGAUAAAUGCGAAAAUAAAAAUAAAUCCUUAAUUCUGUCA